CUUUACCAUUACACGGCACACACAUCUCGUAUCGAUCAAACAACAAAAAAAAUCAGCCGUUGAACAAAAGAAACUUGUAAGAGAAAAUGACAGGAAACGUGUGUAAGAUGAUGAUGUUGAUGGCAUUGAUAAUGAUGGCAUGUGGUUUACAAGCAUGCAAUGGAACGAAUUUUGAUGAAUUCAAGCCAGAUUCAAGAUUUGUGUGCUUCAAAAACUGUUCUAUAAGUUGUGGCAAACAAAACAAACCAUGUUACCAAGAUUGUUUGACGAAAUGUGGUCUCCCACAACGACCUUCAAGAUCAACACCAUCAUCUUCCCCCACCGCGGCUUAAUCUGUUUCCAUUUGUAUCUUUCGGUUUAUGCGAAAUUGUGUGUCUCAUCAGUUUAUAUGAAGUUUAUCUUAUAUUGAUGUCCCAAGGAUGUAUUCUUUUACUAUGUUUACAUUGAAGUAUUAUAUAUAAUAUUUAUUUUCAUCCCUCAAAAA